GCCACUGGAAUCCCCUGAAACACCGGAAGUGAGGAACACGCGAGGUAACUGCAGAUUCGACACCAAUCGCUUGUGUACAUAGCAAGUCAGACCCCCUUUAUAGUUAUAAGUGUACUUCGCUAUGAGAGGAAUACUUUGGAGAAAAUUGAUAGACUUAUGCAGUUGCACUGAGGUUUCUUUUUAUUAGGUAUGGCCUGACUCAAGACCUGCCCACCAUGGGGAAAGAGAAGAAGUGCAUUCUGUGUGAGAUUGUUUACAGCUCCAAGCAGGAGAUGGAUGAGCAUAUGAGGAGUAUGUUGCACCACAGAGAGCUGGAAAACCUUAAGGGCCGGGACUGUGGCCAUGAGUGCCGGGUGUGUGGGGUGAAAGUGGCGGGCCUGACCAACUACGCUGACCACAUCUCAAGCCCCAUCCACAAGCAACGAGUGGAGGCUCAUGAGCAGCAGACCAGAGGCAGUGACCAGGAGGAGGAGUACUUCGAUAAGGAGUUGGUGCAGCUCAUCGAGAAACGCAAGGAGCUUAUAAGGCUUCAAGAAGCUGCAGCCAAAAAGGAGCGUGAGGAAGAGGAACGGCGGAAGCAGCAGGAGCAAAAGCUGCGCCGGGGCUCAAAGCCAUGGCAUCGCCAGAACAGGGCGUCGUGGGACUGGAACUUCUCUGACGUACCGCCGCCCCCUAGGGGCUGGUGGGGGGACAUGUCAAGUUGGCAGAAGGCAUGGGGAGGUGGCAAUUGUGACCGGGGCAACUGGCAACACCCCCAAAGCAGGCAAAAUAAAAGUGCAACAUGGCAUGCAGAAGUGCCACCUAACUUCCAGCAGUGGGACCCAGCAGCUUACUCUGGGCAAGCCAGUGGCCAUGGUAGUGGCAAACCGAAUGACUACAGGGGAAAUGCUGAGCAUAUCUGGGGUAAGAACUGGGGUGGCAAGGAUGGAGGAAAUGGUAGAGACAACCAGUAUCAGUGGCGGCGAUCUAAGGAGUCUGUCCAGGUGGGGCAACAGCAGCCUGAGUCCUCUAGGAAUCCCACCAACAAACCCCUCAAAGCAUUUAAGUCCAUGCAGUCACUAGGGGGAGACAAAAACCCAAAGUAUUCCCAUGGGCAGGAUGGCCCAAGGAAGGGCUACCAGAGCAGGGAAAGUUCUAGUGGAGAACAGGAACGAAACAAGGGGCCUGCACCUCAGAAGGUAGACAAGCAGUAUCGCUGGGCGCCAUACCCACCAGCCAAAGUCAAUGACAUACCACCUUUGAUGGAUGGCCAGAGUUCCUCCGUGGAGAAUAGUCCAGGCCAGUGGCAUUUGCGAUCAGGACAUCAAUCUAGACAGCAUCUGUCCUCAGAUCAUCACAAGAUGGACCAAAGAUAUAGAAAGAAUAGGCGGAGUUUUUGCAGCGUCACCAGUGAGAGCCCCAGUACCACGUCAACCAGCAGCGGUAAAAAGGCUGAAAGGCCAGCAGAGCACACAGACAAAUCACCUCCACCCUCCUCCCCCAGGACCGACCUCAGUCGAGCGUCCAGUCAGGAACACCUUAGAACGUCCAGACUCCAGGAGUCCGGAGCCUCUAGACCCACAUCUAGAAGCCCCUCUGCUGCAGAGCAAGAGCGUCUGCUCUCCGACAUGCUGAGAAGAGCCAAAGAGACCCUUCUGGAGAAGAGGCCCGGCGGAGAACUCUGGGUUCGUCGAGAGCAGAGCAAUGAGACGGCACUGCACAUCCAGGAGCUUGAGGACUGCGUUCCGAGCAGCCCGAGGACAGCCGUCCAAGACCAGGCACAAGGUGCCGACGGUCAGGUUGAACUACCCAGCUAUGAUGAGGACUCUGCUGCUGAUCGAACCCCACCUGGCACCAGGUACGCCUCAAGCCAGACCGAAUGCCUGUCCCUGCAGUCUGUCCAAGUUAGUACGUCUACUGCUGACCGAGAGGAGGAGGAGGAGGAAGUAGUAGUGAAAGAGGAAGCGGAGGUAAGCAUGAUUACGACAGAUCAGGCAUCGCAUGUGGGGGAUGAGGGUUUUGGCUCUGACGGGAACACGCCGAGAGAGGACGCAAACGCCGAGACCAACCCUGAUGGUUAUGCCACAGUGCCCAGCCUGAGCAAGUUGGCGCUGCCUGCUUGCCUCAAGCGAGACCUGAACCGACACAUCGGCACUAAAGGGAAGGCUGGUCCCGGGCAUGAGCCCAAUCUGAACAUCGCACGGCGCAUCCGCAACGUGAGUGGCACGCGCAAGAGCGAAUCAGAGAAGGACUCCGGUUUGAAGCCCGGUCUGAAGCCCAUCCUGAGAGAGCUCAUCAGUUCCACAGGGGCCCGACGCAAUGUCAACUGGGACCAGGUGUACCAGGAGGUCAGCAGGAAGAAGCAGGAGAAAGGCAAAGGUCUACCCAGGUUUGGCAUCGAGAUGGUGUCGAGCGAGCAGGAGAAUGCCGCCCAGGCGGAGCGAGAUGAGCCCCUUUGCGAAGGGUACCAUUGGGAUUCCCUGUUGUGCGGCACUGCGGCUCCACUUCCAUCCCGCAAACGCAGCCUGUCUGAAAGCAGCAUCGCCCCUGAUCGCACCGCCACCACCCUGUCACUCUUUUCCACGCCCAGCGAUGUCCAAGACCCCAGACCCAGGUGCAGCCAGUCUGACCCAAGACCCAAAGAAAUCCCAGAACAGGACUUCGCCGAACUGCCCCAGGGUCCGGCCCCGGUGGAGGUCGUGGCCCAGGCGCCUGAGUCUGUGGAGGGAGACAGCAGCUGCCUGUCCGGAGCGGAGAUGAACGAGAGUCCCACUGGAGGGAAGAAGAGACGAGCCGUAGGGGAGGUUCCUGCUGUAGAAAUGGCAUGUGCUGAGAGAAACAAUAAGAGAAGGAAACUCAAAGGAAAGAAAGACCGUUGUCAUGUGGACCAGUUACUGGCUGUCUCUCUGAGAGAGGAGGAGUUGAACGGCUCUCUGCAGGCAGUGGACCAAAGUCUGAUCCAGGCUCGUGCUGCCCUGCAGGCUGCAUACAUGGAGGUCCAGCGCCUCCUAGUGGUCAAACAGCAGGUUACAAUGGAGAUGAGCACAUUGAGAACUAGACGCAUUGAAAUCCUGAAAGGGAUGCAAGACGACAUGCAGCAUUCAAGUUCGCCGAGAGGAGCAAGCAUGGACGAGGACUCUGGGAAAGUGCCGACAGCGGCCAUCUCCACGGCAGCCUCCUCCGCCUCCUCUCUGUUCUCCCCCUUGCCUGAAACGGUUGCCUUUGGCCAGAGCCAGCCUGUGUGCCCGAAGCGUGCGGCCCCCCCCUCGCCCCUCUCCCCUGCCCAGCCCACCCCCACCACCACCAACCAGCCCAUAGUGAUCAAGCUGGAGCCACUGUCCCCUAACAACCAUGCUGAAGAGCCCGCGGCGGCCCGGAGCCCGGUACCCAACCUCCACAGCACCACGCCGGAGCUGCCCAACUACACCGCACCGCCGCACUCCGGGCUAGACCUUGAGUCCACAUCAGUCCAGAUGGUGGAGCUUCGUCAGUCUAGCACUGACCUCAGUGCUGCCCUGUCCAGCUGCGCUCCGAUGCCCGAGACGUCCGCCGCCUCCAGCCGCAGGAGCUCACGCAUUCUGGAGACCGCCCCGCCUGCGUCCGGCCUCCUGCCCCUCUCCCCUCCACUGUCCCAGCCUGAGCAGGCCAAGGGUGUGAAGAAAGUGCGCAAGCUGAAGAAGAAGCGCAUGCUGCGCCAGGCCCAGGGCGCCAGCGCACCCGCCGACCCCAGCGACUCGGAGACCGAGGGCGAGUCGGUGGCGUCCAGGACGCGCAUGCGCAAGCUGCGGCCCCGGCGGAGGCCCAGCGGCUCCCUGGUCAGCACCUCCACGCCGCCCUGCACCGACAAGCCGCAGGAAGAGGAGGAGGAGGAGGAGGAGAAUAAGAACACGAAGGGCAACGAUGACAGCGCGGUCAAAGAGGAGUCGGCUCAGGGCUUCACAACAGUGGAGACUUCUCCACCUCCUCCUCCUCCACCCAUGCAGCUGAAGCUGCGCCUCUCCGACUCCUCCGACCUGGAGAUGGUGGAGCUGCGUCAGGGGAGAGCCAGCGAGGUGAUCAGCAUCGACAUGUCCGACCAAGAGGACGUGAAGAUGGAAGAAGAGGAGACGACGGCCACGGUUACGCCUCUGGCCGACACGGUGGCGCCCGAAGUGUGCAUGAAGGAGGAGAUGCCAAAGGUGGCCUGUAAUGAAGUGACCUCCACUAGCGAAAUGCCAAAAGCCAGCAUCACCAUCAAGACUGACGUAAAAUAUUCAACCGUCUUGGCUGGGAAGCUGCGCAAAAGCUCAGCAGAUGUUGAUGGGGGAGAGGAGCAGCGUCCAGAGCCCACCGAGGGCCCAUUUGAGGGCCACCAGGAGGCUGUGCACGACAUGCAGAUCCACGAGGGCCUGCUGUACACCUGCUCCGGCGACAGAACCAUCCGGGCCUUCUGCCUCAGCACUCGUCAGUGCGUCACUGUGUUUGAUGGCCACAGCUCCAAGGUGAACUGCAUCCUGCUGUCGUCGGGACCUGGUCUGGCCCCACGCCUGUACUCCGGCUCCAGCGACCAGACUGUUCGCUGCUACAGCCUCAGGACGCGUGAGUGUGUGGAGCAGCUCUCUCUGCCAGACCGAGUCCUCUGCCUGCACAGCCGCUGGAAGACGCUGUUCGUGGGCCUGGCCAAUGGAUCCGUGGUGACCUUCAGCCUCAAGACGAAUCGGCAGCUGGAAGUGUUUGAUUGCCAUGGGCCCCGGGCAGUGAGUUGCCUGGCAACAGCGCAGGAGGGCGUGAGGCGGAUUCUGCUGGUGGGUUCCUAUGACAGCACCAUCAGCGUCCGAGAUGCUAAGAACGGACUGCUCCUUCGCACGUUGGAGGGACAUUCCAAAACUGUGCUCUGCAUGAAGGUGGUGAAUGAUCUGGUCUUCAGUGGUUCCAGUGACCAGUCUGUCCAUGCACACAACAUCCACACAGGGGAGCUGGUGCGCAUCUAUAAAGGCCACAGCCAUGCGGUCACUGUGGUGGCCAUCCUUGGUAAAGUGAUGGUGACGGCCUGCUUAGAUAAGUUGGUGCGGGUCUACGAGCUUCAGUCUCAUGAUCGGCUGCAAGUAUAUGGUGGACACUCGGACAUGGUUAUGUGUAUGGUCAUACACAAAAGUAUGAUCUACACAGGUUGUUAUGACGGGAGUGUGCGAGCUGUGAAACUCAAUCUGAUCCAAAACUACCGCUGCUUGUGGCACGGCUGCUCUCUGAUCUUUGGUGUGAUGGAGCACCUCCAGCAGCACCUGCUCCAGGACCACGUAUCGCCGGGCCUGCAGAUGCUGAAGUGCCGCUGGAAAAACUGUGACGGCUUCUUCAGUGCUCGCAAUGGCUCCAAGCAGGGGCUUGAGAAGCACAUGCAUAAACAUGCUGAGGAGGACAGCAAAAUGGAGCCGUGAGGGGCCAACGUUGAGGUCCAGCCGGAGUAGCAGCGUCGCUGUUUACCCCCCCACACCCUCACGCUACGUUUCCCAUAUUGGGAAGAUCCCAGAGCAAACUCCGUACUGGAACUCUUGCUCCUUCAACUUGUUUUUAUGACAUCAGACAUUUAACAGUCUCCACUGAGAAGGGGAAUUCAAUGGUAGACCAUGGCAAAACAUAGAUCGUAACAAGGGCAGCUGACCAAGAGAAAUGUAGUUCACAUCCAUUUUUAGGCCUAAUGAAUAAGACUUCCUUGGAUGAUGCAGCUAGGGGGCAGAUUUUUCUUUUUUAAUCUUAUGGAAAAGGAAAUACAUUUUUUAAAUAAUAGCAGCAAAAACUGCUUUGUCAAGGGCAUGAAGUCUUGCCUUCUCAGUGGAGUUGUUAGUGUUUUGGUUUCCAAUGUCCAGAGACUCUCUUGUUCUCAAUCUUCAUAUUUUCCAUGUCUCUGUGAUGUCCUCCUCUACUAUCUACUCUCUGUGGGAGAAAGGCAAGAGCCAGCACUUUCUACUGCCAUAGCAACUCUGCCCAUUUCUCAUGAAAAGGGAUGUUGUGUACCCAUUUCUGGACAGUCAGUCUGUGUUACGUCUGGACAAUCAGUGUUCAGUCUGAUCUUUUCCAACAUGAGUUGAUUCUUAUCUUAUCACGAUUAUGUUCAUGUGAAAGAUUAAAAGAAUAACUGACCAAAAGGAAAAAAAAGAGAAGAAGAAAACAAAUUGAUGAUGAAAGAAGAUGAUAGUUGUUUAAUGAAAGAAACUUAGGACCAGGUUGAAGAUAUUGCUCUCCCAGCUGCACCCACUCACUUUAUCAACAUUUGAUUUGUUUACUUUGUUUUAUGUUUUUUCCUCCGUGUGAUAGUCCAUCCUUAACUUACUCAUAUGGCAUGGGUUUAGGGAUAUAUCUGUAGUUUGGAGUAUUUUGGGUUGUGAGUGACCGCAUGGUACUUGUGAAUGUUGUUGAGCAACUAUGUUGUGUCUUUAUCCAGGGCUAGUGCUAGUGACACCUGGUGGAGAGGUUAUAGAAACUCCCAAAGGUGCUCAGAGGGGUGGGGUUUGGUUUUGUUCGCACACCCACCCACCCUGAUGUUUUCAAGUGGUCUUUCUCAAAUACAGUAGAAUACUGUAUGGGUUUGUUGUCAAGUUUUGCCAUUCAUCUUUGAGUUGAAUUUUUUUUUUAAGCCAAACUGUCACUUACUAAGACUUUUAUGAGAUAAAGGUUUAAUUUCACAGACGUUUGAGUGCCUCUAAGUUGAGCGUUGAGUGGUGUUCAUGUUUUGCCAUUGAUGUACGGUUGCUCAUCGGAAAGGAUACUGGAAGGCCUGUGGUGUACUGUGCUGUGAUAUCAGUCUGUGGUUUUAGUUCUGAGGGACUUGAGUUUGCAGUGAAGGCGUCCAGAGAAAUGGCACUUUUUGCUUAUCCAGGGCGUGAAACUGUGUGUGUGUGUGUUUGAGCACCACAUUUAACUUGUGGCGAUGUUUCAUGACUUGCAGUUUGUAUCAGUGGAAUGAGAGGAUUUUCUUUCUUUGUAUUUCUACAUUUUUCGGGGUGAUUGUUUUUGUAUGUGGUCUGAUUUUGACUUUGUUUUUUUUUUCUUGUUUUUUUCCCCCCCUAUUAUCAUUAUUAUUUUGUUGGUAGUGGAAGUGUGGAACGACACGGCUUGGCUCUGUGCCAGCAGGAAGGCAUUUCUAGCUGUGUAGUGUUUGAUGGAGGUUGUCAGUGGAGGUGAUUUUAAAAGGGAAGUGGUUGGAAGUACAAAGUACCAGGAUCCCCCUCCCAUGCCAUACCUCACCCCGACAACUAACACAUACAUACACAAACACAUAACUAUGGCCUACAAAUCUGCCACCACACACAAUGGUGGGCUCUACUGCCACCAUUAAGUAGCUAUAUGGACACAGUCUCACUUUAAGUCAUUCUUCACGUGGUCUUUUAAAAGAGAGCUAUUUUAAAGGUUUUAAAAUAACCAGUGUCCACCUAUAGCACAUUCUUAAUUAUUUGUCACAGGGUUUGACAGCAUGUCUUGCAACUGAUUUUUCUAUAUUAUUCCCAGCGACCCCAAAAAUUAACCCUGAGAUUUAGGAGUCUUUUCUGUUGAGUUUUUUAUUCUGGUGUGUAGCGCUGGGAUGAGCAUUGACUUUAUCUCUCAACAAGUGCUCCUGAGUAUUCUUUCACUGACUUUUGCUCAUAAAAUGCUGUGAACUUAACAUGUUUUUGUAAGACGUUAAUAGUUGAGAGAUUUUAAAAAAGACUGGAAUAAAACAGAUUUGCAUCAUCA